GAGGGAUUAUUGCCUUUGUAAUCAUGUAGAUUAUCUUUAUUCAGUAGCGGGGUAUAAAACUAAUUGGUGUAAACAUCCUGUAAUAGAUUGAAGGUAUUUUUCUUCAGAAAUGCGUGUGCUUUAUGCGUUUGUGUUGUGUGUGGCGGCUGCGGCUGCGGUCCCAGCGCCGUCACCACCUCAGUCCCGCAUCGUGGGCGGGUCUACCACCACCAUCUCGCGGUACCCGUAUGGAGCGGCCACCUUGUACUCGUGGGACGGCUCCAGCUACUGGCAGGGCUGCGGGGGCGCCGUGCUCACCCCCACCGCCAUACUGUCCGCCGCGCAUUGCUACUACUUCCUGCCUGGAAACGGCGUCAUAACCCCCUCAAGAUGGCGCGUCCGGGUCGGCUCCACCUACGCCAACAGUGGCGGCUCAGUCUUCACCCUUCGCUCCAUCAUCAUGCACCCCAACUAUGACAGCUACAGCAACGACUUCGACUUCGCAAUCCUGAGGACCGUCUACGGGAUCCCGCUGACGAAUAUAGUUCAGCAAGUGGCCAUUGCUUCCCCGACUUACAACCUGCCUGACAACUCGCCUGUCUGGGCUAUCGGAUGGGGGUUGACUGCUUACCAAGGCCAGGCCUCCGAGCAACUGAAACACGUGGAAGUGUGGACCUUCAACCAGAACACCUGCAGAAACCGUCUGGCUCAGCUCGGCUAUGCACUCACUGACAACAUGCUGUGCUCUGGCUGGCUCGACGUGGGCGGCCGUGGCCAGUGCAACGGGGACUCUGGGAGCCCUCUGAUCCACUACAACCAGCAGGGUCAGGCUGUGGUGGUCGGUGUGACCUCUUGGGGCAUUGACUGUGCUACCGCCGCCUAUGGCAGUGUCAGCGCGAGGGUGUCUAGGGUAUCUGUCUGGAUCCAGCAGAACGCAGCUUAGGCUGUGUCUAGAAAUCUACACCCGUAUGUUUUCGGUUGAGUGGAUGACGUCAUUACGCUUACUAAGCGUAUUUUACUGUCACUAAUACGGACGGGUUGUAAAGCUGAAUUUUAUGGUUUGUGAUUUGAGUGUUUAUUUAUUUUAUCUUUCUGUUAAUUAAUUUAUAACUGAACAUGUGUAAGCGUAUCAUGAAUAUCGAAAAAUAAAUUAAUUAUUAUCAGUA